AUGACUAAUACAUUUACAACAAGCUCUUUUAAUCGGAAAGUAUGGCGUGAUGGUGGUAAUAUUUUUCAUGUAAAUCAAGGAGAAUUUCGAUCUGUUUUUCAACAACAUCGAAAUGUCAAUAUACAAAUCAAUUGGCUUACUAAUGAAAUUUCAUCAUUAAAUCGUCAAAUAAAAUUAGUUAAAGAUCAAGUUUCAUUUAUUAUUCAUAAUCGAGAACAACGUACAAUCGUUCAACAAGAAAACCCAAAUAGAAUAAAUGAUAUAUCAUUGUCAAAAAAUAAUGAUAUUACACAAAAAAUUUCAUUAAAUCAACAAAAUAUUGAUAUAAUAAAAUUACUUUCAUAUGAAUCACUUUUUAAUGAUUAUGUACAAGAUUUAAUUGGUAUAUAUGAAAUAUCAUUAACAACGACAAUUGAAUGUAUUGCUGUUUUUAUUGAACAAAAUUCUAUUGAAAAAUAUCUUUUCAUUAAAUUAUCUAAUGGAAAUAUUGAUACAUAUCAAAUGAAUAAAACAAAAUCAUUAAAAGAAACAUAUUGGAAUAUCAAUCUACCAAUAUCAGUAUGGGUUAGUACUGGAAAAAAACUUGAAUAUUAUCGAAGAUUUAUUCAAAAUAAUGAAACAAAUGAAAUUAUGAACACAGAUCAAUUAAUGAAAAUAAAAAAUCGUCCACAAUUAAAUGAUGUUGAUUUCUUCAAUAUGAUAAAUCCAAUUCUACGCAUGAAGUAUCAUACUGAUCCAUCAAGUCUUUCAUGUAUAUUAGAAGAUUUUUUCGACAAUUUAUAUACUUGUAAUGGUCAAUUAAUCUAUCCUCAUGAAUUAAAAUUUCUAUCUAAUGAUAAAUAUCAAUUUAUAUUUUAUGCUAUUCUGGUGAAUACAACUAUAGAAAAGCAAAUUUAUCCUCUUGCAACAGAUAAUCAUAUACGAUAUGGCGAGCAACUAUUUUUUCUUUUUAAUAAUCAUCCACGAAUUUUAUCAUUAUCACCAUGUACAGAUUGUCUUAGUUCUGAACAAACGUUGAUAUUGAAUAGUGAUCAAAGACUAAUGGAAGAAAAGCCUGAUCAUAUAACUGUUGAAUCACAACAAACUGUCAAUGUUGAACUAAAUUCUUACAUUAUAAAUUCACAAAAUUAUUUCGUCUAUAUUAUUGUAAUAAGUAUUUUAAUCUAUAUAUUAUUGAACACUUAUUUCAGUGGAAAACAACAAACAACAGAAUGUUUAGCAAAAAGAUAUUCAAUAUCAUCACGUCGUGGACGAUAA